AUGGCGAAUCCACUGUGCGAACUUGAAGAUGUGAAUGAACUGCGAGAGUUUGUCAAGACCGACGAAUUCAAAGAGCUGGAAAAAUCCGUGGAAAAUGAAAUCGGGGCCGAGAAGCUUCAAUUGCUCCGCGAAAUGUGCAUGGAAGCCGUUUUGCUGUGUCGGCAUAAGGACAAAGAUGGUGAGCUCCCUCCGGGGAUGUUUGAGGAGUUUGUGGAUAAGGUGAGAACUUUUUUGGUUUUGUUCUUGGUUUAGGUGAAGAUGUGGAAGUUUAGUGGUAGACGGGUUGAAUACUGAUGGCAAAGGGUGGAUUUAGCUUGGUUAGCAUGUGGUAAAGGUUUAUUUCGUGAUUGAAAUUCUGAAACAUCGAUCUUUUAUUGAUUUUGAUGUUGCACUUGGAGGUGCUCGAAGGAAUUUAAGUUUUCGAAUAUUCCUGUCCUUUCUUUUGUCGGUAAUGGUAUUUAUCGCCGGCUUAUGAUCUGUUUGAGCUGACGGCGAGCUUUAACCUCUAACUCUCGGGUAUUUUUGCGUUAAAAAAUAUUUUUUAGACUUGCCCAUCUUAUUUUAGGUAAUUAAGUUGAAGACUGCAAUUUUUGCCUCGUUUUUACGGUGAAACUUGUCCUCAAUGAUGUAACCUAGUGUCAACCAUCCUUUUGGCGUUUUACCACCAUUAGCUCAAUUUCACCCUUCAGAACCUUAUUUUAGAUGUUCGAUUCCGGCUUGAACGAAGUCGAAAGAGAAUGUGUUUGCUACUACAUCAACCAUGGGCUACAGCACCCUGGGGAGAUUCUGGAUGUUGCGGACCUUACGAAAACGGAGGAAUCGCACGUUUCCAUGGGCAGAUCGGACGAGGAACCUCAUCCCGAUGGUGAUGAAACUUUCCAAAGAUUCGGGCAUUUAGAAGUCAUCGAUGAAGAAGGGAACAAGCCCGAAGAUGUCACGGCGAAUUUGCUUGAUGACUCUGACGAUGAGGAGGGUUUAGACGGUUCGACCAACGAUUCAUUUGGUGCUGAAGUGGAUGAAAAUGGUGAUCAUCCGACUGAAUAA